AUGUCGGAUCGUUCAAGUUUAGAUUCGAGUGUUAGAUCUAGUAUAGCAUCAUGGCAGCCUCGUGAGAAACCACAGCAAUUAUUGGAACAAGAUGUAACCAGUAGGGCCCUUUCGAGACAUGAAACAGCGGAGACGCUGCAAACUAUGGGUAUGGCCAGGGGUACACCUCUGCCAGAUGUUGUUGCGCCUACUUAUGCGGCGGCCCCAGUUUUUCCUGAAGAAUAUACUAUGGAAACGCCGUCGGGUAUUGUUCCUCUCGCACAGCUGGAAUCAUUGGGUAGAACGGUGACUACGGUCUCGAAGAAAGGUGAAGAACCAUACCCUGCUGAACCUGAAAAGCUGCGUUUCGUUACGUUUGUGACGGGAGACCCUGCGAACCCACAUAAUUGGCCAAUUUGGAUCCGUUGGUUGUAUACGAUUAUACUUUCAACUUUGGUGGUCUGUGUCGCAUACGGGUCAGCCUGUAUUACAGGUGGUCUUUCUACGGUCUCUGAUACGUACCAUGUUGGUAAUGAAGUAGCUAUUCUUUCAGUUUCGCUGAUGGUGUUGGGAUUUGCAUUUGGUCCUCUAAUCUGGUCACCAUUCAGUGAUAUAUACGGUAGAAGAGCUGCUUAUUUCGUUUCUUUGGGGUUGUAUGUUAUUUUCAAUAUUCCAUGUGCAAUAUCACCAAACAUUUCCGGCCAUAUGAUCUGUCGAUUUUUGUGUGGUGUUUAUGCAUCUUCUGGUCUAUGUCUAGUCGGUGGUUCUAUUGCAGACAUGUUUCCGGCUGAAACAAGAGGUAAGGCAAUUGCGUUCUUUGCGUUUGCUCCUUACUGUGGCCCUGUGUUUGGUCCUCUGGUUAAUGGGUUCGUUUCAGUUUCUACUGGAAGAAUGGAUUAUAUCAUAUGGUUUAACAUGGCGUUUGCAGGUGUAAUGUGGUUGUUAGUGGCUCUAAUACCUGAAACUUAUGCACCUGUCAUCUUAAGUAGGCGUGCUAAGAAGUUGAGAAAGGAAACUGGUGAUUCAAGAUUAGUGACAGAAACUGAAGCUCAAGGUGUUAGCUUUAAAGAUAUGUUACGUGCAUGUCUUGUUAGACCAUUAUACUUUUCAGUAACAGAACCUGUCUUAGUUCUAACUAGUGGUUACAUCUGUUUGAUUUACUCUCUACUGUACGCUUUCUUCUUCGCAUACCCAGUUAUCUUUAACGAACUUUAUGGUUAUAAGGAUAAUUUGAUUGGUUUGAUGUUUAUUCCAAUUUUAAUCGGUGCUUGUAUGGCCCUUUGUACAACAUUUUGGUGUGAACAUCUCUAUCUAAAACUUAUUAAACAACGGAGACCAUGCCCUGAAGAUCGUCUAUUAGGUGCUAUGAUUGGUGCUCCAUUUGCAGCUAUUGCAUUGUGGAUGCUAGGUGCUACUUCCUACAAACAUUUAAUUUGGGUUGCUCCUGCUUCAAGUGGGUUGGCAUUCGGCUACGGUAUGGUUUUGAUUUAUUAUUCUUUGAACAACUACAUUAUUGAUUGUUAUGCCAAAUAUGCGUCAAGUGCGUUGGCUACAAAAGUUUUCUUACGUUCUGCAGGUGGUGCCGCCUUCCCGCUUUUCACCACCCAAAUGUAUCACAAUCUAGGGUUACAGUGGGCAUCAUGGUUAUUAGCGUUUAUUGCAACAGGUAUGAUUAUAAUUCCAUUUGCUUUCAAGCGCUGGGGUAAAUCAUUGAGAGCUCGUUUAGGUCGCGCUGAUUAUUCCAUUGAUGCCGAACCUGAUGAAGUGGAGGUACCAAAACUCGAAAACGAGGUUGGCGGUGUAUGA